AUGAGCACAACCGCCUACACCUGGCAAAAACAAACAGCAGGACCACCUCAACCGGCGGAGGAGAGAAUGCACAAAUUGGAAGGUAACACACGAUUACCGGGAAUGGCCGUAUUUUCUUACCAAACGAUGCACCAAGCUCAUUUACAAUGCUCCUUGUGUGGUUAUGGUUGUGGUGAAAUACAAUGGACGACAUCAUUUCGUGCUGUACUGCGAACUCAAGAUGAGGAUAUGGUUCUCACUCAUCCAACAUAUACCUCUUCUCCCAUGGGUUUCUGCCUUAUAAUAUUUCCUUAUACAAGCUCUAGAAAUUCCAAUCAUCAGGAGAUCAAGGUUCAUUGUCAACGAAAUAUUAUUCCUGGCAGUUUUAAUUGCUUUCUCGUUCACGAUGUUUGUCUACAAACUUUGCAAAACAUACUAAAGAUGGAUAUACCACCUAAAGUUCUAUUUGCGUUUUGUCAAGCUUUGACAGAGGAUUGGAUGAGAAAGGAGAGUUUAUCAAGAUAUAAGAAUCAAUCUCAAGCCAAUUUCGACCUAUCUACCCUGAUAUUCAAAGCAUUACCACCAUCGGAAAAUAAUCCAAAUCUCAAUCACGAAUCCAAAUUCGAUAAAUUACCGUUGGAAAUAAUAUGGAUGAUUUUAUACUAUCUUGACUCAAAAUCGCUAUUCAGCUAUUUCAUCUCUAAUCGAUUUGCAUUAUCACUAUCUACACAAUAUUCUCCUUGGCAACUUCUUCUCUCGUAUACGAAUUCAAUCUUGAAACAGUCGAUAACGAUACAAGAUAUAGUAAUCUUUGCUCAUCGUAGAUUUGAUGACGAUGAUUACAUUGCUAUGGAUGGGUUAUUAUCAUGGAUACGAAUACUGGACCAUUUAGCAUCUAUGUUAAAAGCUCGAUAUCCAUCAUACUCUUUGUCUUUCUGGAUCCCUCCUAAACCGAUGGAUAAUUUGCCUCAAAAGCAUCAUUUCCCACUUGGACCUCGAAAAAUUACAACACAUAUACCUAAUACACUUACUGGAUUUAAAGUGUAUUUAAUUUCAAUACACGGUCAAAAAUAUGUAUCUGGUCUAGAAGGUAUUCCAUCUAGUGCUCAGAUAUCCAUUGGAGUCUGCCAUGGUAUUUCAUACCACAUCUACUUUCGAGCAAACCAAAUAUCCAACCUCGGUUUCGUUGUUGAUUCUUUGGGUAUACGCAGUCUUAAAUUCGGCGAGUCUGAAUGGUCAUCUGGAGUUCCUUCCAUUUUGAAUUGGUUCGAAGGCAUUAGUAUCGAUAAUGAUUCGAAUAAUCAACUAGUUGUUUUUACAGAUGCUUUGAAGUUCCGACAAAUUUACUGGCAGUAUAACUCGAAUAUAACCUUACCCUUCCCAGAAACUAUCAUUAUGAAGCCCUUUCGAAUAGGAGCAUUAUCGCUAGAGCACUAUGUAAGUCGAAACAAUAUUAGAAUAUCUUCUCAUAGAAAACAUGAGGUAUCAACGGAAUCGGUAUUCUUUGAUGAGGAUAUGUUUGCGAUAUCUGUGAGAUUGGAAUGUGGUGUUGGGAUUGUUGGUAUUCGUGUGCAUUCGAAGACAAGGUUGCAAUCUAUUGGAAAACCGUUUGAUGAUGAUUCAUCAAUAUAUUUUCCGAUUGAAGCUUAUAAGGAGAGAAUUGAUAAAAUCUGGGUAUGGGAUUUCCCUGGAUUAUAUCUUACGAUCCAUACUACCUUAGGUCGAUCCCAAUAUUUUGGUGCACUAGGAGGCCCAGAGUCUACAGAUAUGUACAAAAGUUUCCAGCCAUCGCAAGGGCAGUUUAUACAAGGCUGCUAUUUUUGGUUCUACGGCGGCCUUGCUAUUGAAUGUUUUGGCAUUGUAGAUUAA